AUGGUGUCACAUGCGCAGCUGGACGGACACAUCGCACAGCUGCAGGAGUGCAAGCCGCUCUCUGAAGCCGAGGUGAAGGCGCUGUGCGAGAAAGCGCGAGAGAUUCUCGUGGAGGAGAGCAAUGUGCAGCCUGUGCGUUGCCCGGUGACCAUUUGCGGGGACAUCCACGGGCAGUUUCACGAUCUCGCGGAACUCUUCCGCAUAGGCGGCAAGUCUCCCGACACGAAUUACCUCUUUAUGGGUGACUACGUAGACCGAGGCUACUACUCCGUUGAAACCGUGUCGCUGCUGGUGUCGCUGAAGGUGCGCCACCCUGACCGCAUCACCAUCCUGCGAGGCAACCACGAGAGCAGACAGAUCACUCAAGUGUAUGGUUUCUACGACGAGUGCCUACGCAAGUAUGGCAGCGCCAAUGUGUGGAAGAUGUUUACAGACCUCUUCGAUUACUUCCCCCUUACAGCGCUUGUGGAGUCGCAAAUCUUCUGUCUGCAUGGCGGUCUCUCCCCCUCCAUAGACUCUCUAGACCAUGUGCGCCAGCUCGACCGCAUCCAGGAGGUGCCGCAUGAGGGGCCCAUGUGCGACCUGCUCUGGUCUGACCCUGACGACCGCUGCGGCUGGGGUAUCUCCCCCCGUGGUGCUGGCUACACGUUUGGUCAGGAUAUCAGUGAACAGUUUAAUCAGAACAAUGGACUCAACCUUGUGGCACGUGCUCACCAGCUGGUGAUGGAAGGGUACAACUGGGCACAUGUAAGUUGA